UGUUUGUCGGUGAAGUCAGUUACUUGAUAUGUACUUCUAAAGCUUUAAAUUAAUUCAUAAUCGGAAAAAGUAUACAGAAAGGUGGAUGGUACAAAAAACAAUUGCUAAUGAUUGAAGAAGUCUUACAUUUAUGUGGAUAUAGAGACGGCCGGUACGUCAUAUCACGAGGACGCCAGAAUGCCGGAGUACAGCAACGCACAAGACAACACUGUAGAAUCAGAACCAGUCCAACUUCAGCCUUUUAUUCAUCAGGUUGGGGGACACAGUUGUGUUCUACGUUUCAACGAGACCACAUUAUGUAAACCCCUUAUUGCAAGGGAACUCGUGUUCUACGAGUCCCUGCCAGCCGAACUCAAAGAAUUCAUCCCCGAUUUUAGAGGCAUUGUGGAGGUGGAGUUACAGGAAGAUGACGAUGGGCAGAUAACCCUGAUGGGCUAUCCACUCCACGGGGAUAAUUCAGUGAGCCCGUUGGGUAGGCAGCGGGCAGGCAAGAGGCUCCAGAGGUCCUCACCCAAGCCGUAUGAGCGGGGUACAUCGCCUAACUCCAGCGGAAGUGAGACUGAGACCUCACAGAGCCCUGAGUUACACUCCAAGAAUAAACACCCCAGACGCAGUGAUAAUGCAUACAGUGUUCGCCUGUUACGUAGCGGGAGUAUCGAGGUGAGCACGGAGUUGGACACGUUGUUCAACUCCCCGGACCACAAGUCUGGCCAGAAGUCCGCCGGCCUCAAUCCGUGGAGCCUUAAGUGUCACAAACGAGAGGUGGCCAAGAUGAGGAAAUAUAACGAGGACUCAAACUUGAAGAAGUACAUCCUGUUGGAGAAUGUAGCAGCCAAGUUCCGUUUCCCGUGCAUCCUGGACCUGAAGAUGGGCACGAGGCAGCAUGGAGACGACGCUCCCGAGGCAAAGAAACUCAGCCAAACACGCAAAUGUGAGAGCACUACGUCCAGUCAUGUGGGCCUCAGACUUAUUGGCAUGCAGGUGUACCAGCGUGCUAAGGGGCAUUUCCUUUGCCAAAACAAAUACUAUGGACGCGAACUGAGCGUGGCAGGAUUUAAGGAGAGCUUAGAACUCUUCUUGUAUGAUGGUGAACAUCUGAGACUGGAAUUACUGGACCCUAUAUUAAAUAGACUUCAUAAUCUGAAGGGAAUUGUAGAAAAACAGGAAUCAUUCCGCUUUUACUCAAGUUCUCUGCUAAUUAUGUAUGGUGGUCAGGGAAAUGACAACUUGGACCAUUGUGAUAAUGUUAACAAACAGAUGGGUGAGAAUAGUGACCAGCCCCACCAUGACAACGGGAACCAGGAGGGAGCAGAACUGUACUGUGGGGCCUCAGACGAUUCCUGCGACUCUGCAGUGGAGUUAAAGACAGAUAAUGAACAAGUGGAUGUACGCAUGAUUGACUUUGCACACUCCACACAUCGAGGAUUCCAAGAUGACGCUCGACACAAGGGGGUAGACCAGGGGUACCUCUUUGGACUGAAAAAUCUCAUCUCUAUUUUCACAGAGAUCAAACAGAGGUACCCUGGGCAUGCGCCAGAAAAUGGAUGAACUUUGUUGACCUAAUGCCAUAAACCAGUGUGCAAUGUAUGAAGCCUGAGAUCAAAACUUACGCUUGCAAUGUUUUAAUUUUGUGAGGGUUCUAUGGUUAAUGUGGGCUUUGUUAUAUAUAUAUAUAUAUAAUACAGGGAAAAUGGCAAUGAUUUUAAAUUUUGUUACGUUAAGAAUGGUAGGAUAUUUUUUGUAAGAGCAUAUUUAAAUACGCCAUAAAGGUAAAAUGUUCUUGAUCACAUUUUCAGAAAUUAUUUGAAAUGUAUGUUGUAUGAACCGUCACUGUGGCCUAAUGGUUAGGGGUUGCUUACAGAGCGGCAGGCGAAGAAUUGAGCCCCAUACAGGGCUAGUUCUGAUGUGGACAGCAGCUAUUAUUGGAUUUCCGUCCUUGCGAGGUGCUGGGCAUACAGGACAGGAAACAAGAGUAAAGAUGUUCAUCGAUCAAGGUGUCCAGAAUGUUCACUCUUAACUGAGAUGGGUGAUACAAUAAGAAACAUACACUUAAAUUUACUCUACUUAUUACCUAGAUAGGAAAAAAAUACAUUUUUAAAAAUGUGUAAAUUGGCUUCGAGCUGUUCAGAUUAUUUUAUUUAUUAAUUGUGCAGCUGUAAAGUUGUGUAUUUGACACACUUUUAAAUGCACAGUCAAGUUAAAGCGCACGUCUAUAAUGGAAGAUUUAAAUACAUAUAUGUCAAGUUUGUAUGUGCUUGGCACCAAAAUUAUAUAUACCAUCGCGUACAGUAAGAAGUCUAGAUCCAAGUAGUUGCUUGCAUAAUGGGAUGUAUUUUUUUUAUAUAAAGUGUACACAUAAAGUGCAUAUAUAUAUAUAAAUCCAAAGUAUACAUAUGUGUACUUGUUAUAUUACCUUACUGCAUUCUUGCAGUUUUAAAAUCCAUCUCUCACUGGUUGUACAGUGGCGAAUACCUUAGGAGUUUAUUGGUGUAGUAAAUAAUCUAGUUUUAGUAGGUGUAUGUUGUUUUCCAAGUACAGUCACCUGGGUUGGCAGGUCAUCAUUUACAGAAAGAUAUAUAUUUAUACAUUGUGCACUGUUGUUCUAGGGGCCUUAAUGGUUUUGUUGGUUCCUAGAUGUUGUUUACUAGAUAUACAAGGUUAUUCAAAACAGAGGAACAUCUUUGUUAUUUAACUUUGAAGAAUCUUAAAUUAAGAUGCCUCUAUUUCUGUGUAGUGCUUUUAUAAGUAUAGUAAUGUUCAGGCAGAUAAAUUUGAUAGAGUCAAAAAUAUUUGUAUAUUCUUUUUAUCCAUUUAAGCACUGUAAAAAGUUAGCUUAUCCAUUUAUUCUUACUUUCUUUGAAUAUUUUAUUUAAUGAUGAGUACAACUAUGUUACCUAUGUAUAUAUAUGUAGUGAUUGUUCAUGGUCUUGUGACAGACAAUAUUUAAGAUGUUUACAAAGCAGUUUUUGUAAUGUGUGAUACAGAUCCUCAUCGGCACUAUACUAUGUAUAUAUCUCCAGUAUAUCUGCAGGGAUUUCCAUCUCUCAUACCCACACCUCCUUCUCCUGGGACCAGUUUUCUCUCUCAGUCUGUUGUGUCUGAACUGCCGUGUUUCACAUGCAUGCUAAAAGUUUUGUUAAACAAAUGAUUGACCAAAAAGGAUUUCAAGCAGUAAUAAUAAGAUUUGAUCAGCUUUAUAAUAGUCUAGAAAAAUAGUCCAUGUACAUUGUUGAUAAUUAAUCCAAUUGGUUGUGAUUGGUCUACCUCUAAAGCAUUUCACAACGCUCCUAUCAUCACCAAGGUUACCAUGACAUUAAUAGAUUUAUCAUCCUAGGCCUUAACUUUUUUUUAACUAUUUUAGAACUCAGAAUAGAAAUGUUCUUUUUUGUUGAAGAAUUGUGCAUGUAUAUUGUUCUUGACAAAGCUUCCCAUGUUUUAUUACUAUUAUAAUGCAUGUGUUAAAACUGGUCUCAUUCAGUUGCUUAUGAUGCUUCAUUUAUGUUUGACUAUUGAACUUAUAUUAUCUUACAAUAUUCAUGGUGAAGAUGGAAAGUAAAUCAUACACAAUAUGGCUAUCUCUUUAAUGAGCAUAAAACAAAUAUCGUACAACCAAGAAUGGUAGAUGAAGAUUGCCAUGAGAUUGAAUUGUACAUGUUAUUUGGAAAUUCAGACUAAUAAUAUCUUUCAUGUGUUUCCGGUCUGGAUAGAAAAAUCUGACCCAAUGGCACCUGCGUUGCCAGUAAUUGAGGCUUGCCGAGUUACCGGCUACACAGCGUGCCUGAGGGUCAGAUUUUUUUAUUUGGGCCGGACUCACAUGAUUGAUAUAUUUUUUGUAUCAUAUCUUAAAUUAUUUUUUUAUGAAAAUAAAGACAAAGAACAUUUUGUUCAUUUUAUCAAAAAAAGCAAAUGUGAUGAUGUUUACUGACGUCAUGGCGCGCGGUUAUGUUUAUUCACUGCAUACGUCACGAAGUUCCUUAAUAUAAUGUCUUUUAAGGUUUACUUUGUUUUGAAGCUAUAUUUUUGUAAGGUUAAUGUUUAUGGAAAUCAUCUUUUGAAUUAUCUCAAUUAUCCUACAUCAAGUGUAUAAUAAAAGAAAGAAGAAGUAUUGUGUCACAGCGUGUGACUCAUCUAGCAUGGUGGGGUGCAAGACAGAGGUUUUCCACACAGAUUUAUUCACAAAAAAUGCAUAUCCAGUGUGCUAAAGAAGCAGUGACUUGCGUGACCAAUAUAACAAUCAGUUUAGAACACAUAUUAUUUCUUCUUUGAAUUACCAGUUUGAAAAAAUGAUCAUUUGAUAUGAUAGUCUUGCGAGACCAAUGAAACAAUCUGUUCAUAAUACAUGAUAUUUCUUUUUAGAUUUAACAGUUUGAAAAGUGAUCAUUUGAGAUGGUUGAUAGGAGUGUUCUAUUUACUCAUACAUGUUAAGAAGAUAGAAAAGAAGUCAAUUGUUGCAUUAACAUUUUUAAAUAUGAGACCCUCGAUAGCUUGCUGCUAGUUGUUAGUAUGGUUUAUAACCCUUUCCUUCAUAGAUAUGCCUUUAUUCCCCUCUAUCCAUAGUCUCAUAGAUAUACAUUUUUUCUCCUUAUAUAUGUAAGAUUUAGAAUGAAAGGUUCAAACAGUGUGCUAUGGAGAGUGUUUGACUUAUGUACAGAUUUUCAUCUAGUGAAAUAUUAUACUAGAAAAGAUUUAUUUUAUUUUAGUUUACAUGUUUUGCCUUUUACUUUCUCAGCAUAAUCAGUCGAUAAACAUUGUCCAGGUUUUUGAACACCAUUUAUAUUUCAGGCUUAAAACCUUCAUUAAAAUAACUAUGUUGUUAGUUUUAUCUGUCUGAUAUUCUUGUUUCUUUGUUUUGAUAUUGUUAUAUUAUUUUACAUUUUAAUGUUAAUGGGAUUGUGGUCAUAUUCAAAUUUUUGAGUCAUUAAAAUUAUAUAAUGUUAUA